GUCCUCGAAUUCCCGGGUGUGUGUCUGUGUCUGUGUCUCGCGGCGGUGCCGCGGCCGUCAAGCACUUUGGGGUCCGCGUCUGAAUCGUCUCUGCUGUCACUGCCGCCACCAUACCGAGUCACUUCUAGAGGGACAGAGACCCGGCCUUUCGCCGGGUGGAGAAGAUGUUGCCCCUGUCCAUCAAGGAUGAUGAAUACAAGCCACCCAAGUUCAAUCUGUUCGGCAAGAUUUCAGGCUGGUUUAGGUCCAUCCUGUCUGACAAGACAUCCCGGAACCUGUUUUUCUUCCUGUGCCUGAACCUCUCUUUCGCUUUUGUGGAACUACUCUACGGCAUCUGGAGCAACUGCCUAGGUUUGAUCUCCGACUCGUUCCACAUGUUUUUUGAUAGUACUGCCAUAUUGGCUGGAUUGGCAGCUUCUGUUAUUUCCAAGUGGAGAGAUAAUGACGCUUUCUCUUAUGGGUAUGUUAGAGCGGAAGUCCUGGCUGGCUUUGUCAAUGGGCUGUUUUUGAUCUUCACUGCUUUCUUUAUUUUCUCAGAAGGCGUUGAGAGAGCAUUGGCUCCUCCAGAUGUACACCACGAGAGACUGCUGCUUGUUUCGAUUCUUGGAUUUGUGGUAAACCUAGUAGGAAUAUUUGUUUUCAAUCAUGGAGGUCACGGACAUUCUCACGGCUCUGGCCAUGGACACAGUCAUUCCCUCUUUAAUGGUGCUCUAGAUCACAGCCAUGGCCAUGAAGACCAUUGCCACAGUCACGGAGCCAAACAUGGAGGUGCGCACAGCCAUGACCAUGACCAUGCUCACGGACAUGGGCACUUGCAUUCCCACGAUGGCCCAUCCUUCAAAGAAACAGCAGGACCCAGCAGACAGAUUUUACAAGGUGUAUUUUUACACAUUCUGGCAGAUACACUUGGGAGUAUUGGUGUAAUUGCCUCCGCCAUCAUGAUGCAGAAUUUCGGGUUGAUGAUAGCAGAUCCUAUCUGUUCGAUUCUUAUAGCCAUUCUUAUAGUUGUAAGUGUUAUUCCACUUUUAAGAGAGUCUAUUGGAAUAUUAAUGCAAAGAACUCCUCCCUCGUUGGAAAAUGUGCUUCCCCAGUGCUAUCAGAGGGUGCAACAGUUACAAGGAGUUUACAACUUGCAAGAACAGCACUUCUGGACACUCUGUUCUGAUGUUUACGUUGGAACCUUGAAGCUUGUAGUAGCCCCUGAUGCAGACGCCAGGUGGAUCUUGAGCCAAACACAUAAUAUUUUUACUCAGGCUGGAGUGAGACAGCUUUAUGUACAGAUUGACUUUGCGGCAAUGUAGUCAAAGAAAGGAAAUUGAUGGAGGACCAAACUUUCCAGUACUGUACAAUCCAAGGCAUUGUACUACCCAGUGCUCUGCGGCAGACGUGACCACUGCAGCUGGGAAGCACCAAGUACACAGGUAGAGCCAGCCGUGUGCUCGGGGGUCACAGCCAAUCCGCCCAGACCUGCCUGUGUGCUUUUCCCUUCAAGCCAUUCUGACUGCUGAGGUUUCUGGGUUCGUUCUAGGGUACUGGGUUAUCUCUCCCCCUGGGGGUUCUCGCUGAUCACUUCACCCCAUCCUUCUCACCCCACCCAGCCAGUGAGAAAUUCAGACCGGAGGCCUUCACCCUUCUGAAUGUCUUCACUAAAGCUGCUGGAAACCACUGCUUUUAUUCCCAUAAAACCAGUGUUGUUUUUACAAAAAGAAGUCUGUUUUCUAUGUGAUGUCACAGUUGCUGACGUUCUUCAGUGUAAUCAUACGUUUGUAAAAAUUGUUUGUACCUUGCAAACUUACAAACCAAACCAUAUUGGGUUUUCAAAGUGCCUUUGUAUCAGAAAUAUAUUUGCCAGCAUAGAAAUAUACCAACAAAGGUCAUAUGUAUGUUUUUUUUUUAAAAAGGAUAUUCUGUAAUUUGUAUAAAAUAAGACUUGCUAAUAACAUACAUAAUUGUCUUUGUGUAUUUCCAACAUAGAUUUAAAUAUAUUAAAUUUUUGUCUUGUGAAAAAUGA